AUGAACUCAGUAAACAUCAAUAAUGGGACUAUGCAAUCCAAUUCUCUAUGGUCUGAAGCGCGCAAUGCUGAGGGCCGGGUAUAUUAUUAUAAUACCAUCACUAAAAUUACCCAAUGGACAAAACCAGAAGAAUUAAUGACUGCAGCGGAACGCGCACUUUCUUCACAGCCAUGGAAAGAGUAUACAGCGGAAGGAGGGAGGAAAUACUGGUACAACACAGAAACAAAACAAAGCUCCUGGGAGAUGCCUGAAGCUUAUAAAGUUGCAUUAGCAAAGGAAGUCUCAUCACCAAAACCUAUAGCUUCCGCGCCAACAUUUGUUGCGGGUGGCGGAUUUUCAAGUUUACAGCAUGACAACCCGAAGGAAAAAGAAACUCUUUUCGAAAACCGUCAAAUUGCAUAUGGUAAUGACAGCAAUGGGAGUCGUCCGCAAGUUUUUGUUCCCGCCAGUAGUGAUCCCGAAUACAAUACGUUUGAUGAAGCGGAAGCAGCUUUCAUGAAGCUUCUACGCAGGCACAAUGUUGAUCCUGAAUGUACCUGGGAGCAAACCAUGCGAUCAAUAAUUAGAGACCCCCAAUAUCGAGCUUUAAAAGAUCCUAAAGAUAGAAAAGCGGCAUUUGAGAAAUACACUGUUGAAGUUAAAAUUCAAGAGAAAGACAGAGCAAAGGAGAGAAUUGAAAAGCUUCGUAAAGACUUUGCUCUUAUGCUCAAGAGCCAUCCAGAAAUUAAGCAUUACACUCGAUGGAAGACGGCGCGUCCAAUCAUCGAAGGAGAAACUAUAUUUCGCUCAUCAAACAAUGACGAUGAACGACGCCAACUGUUUGAAGAUUACAUCAUAGAACUCAAAAGAGCUAAUUCUGAGAAAGAAGCCUUCAAUAGAAAGAGCGCCAUAAAUGAACUUGUCGAAAUUAUGAGAGAUCUAGAUUUACAACCUUUUACUCGAUGGACUGAAGCUCAAGGGAUCAUAAAAUCUAACAAAAAGUUUCAAAGCGAUCAGAUAUUCCAGUCACUUAGUAGGUCAGAUAUUCUGACAGCAUUUGAGAACCACAUCAAGAUAUUAGAAAAAUCUUUCAAUGACUCUAGACAACUUUUAAAAAAUCAAAAAUUCCGCCGCGAGCGUAAAAAUCGUGAUAAUUUUAUAUGUCUCCUACAAGAACUCAAAGCAACCAAUAAAAUAAGGGCUGGCUCUAAAUGGAGUGACAUUUACUCUUCGAUUGAAAGCGAUGAUCGAUAUCAGGCUAUGCUCGGUCAGCCCGGAUCCACGCCUCUUGACUUAUUUUGGGAUAUGGUUGAAGAAGAAGAGCGUGCUCUUCGUAGUAUACGAAACGACGUCCUCGAUGUUCUUGAUGAUAAGAGAUUUGAGAUACAACCAAAGACACACUUUGAUGAAUUUUUGGCCUUGAUGAAGGCUGAUAGACGUACUUCCCAUGUCGAUCAUGAAGCCUUAUCACUAAUUUUCGAGCGUCUGCAUGAAAAAGUAUCACGACGGAAAGAAGACGAUAAACAUCAAGCAGAGAAGCACCAGCGUAGAAAUGUUGACGCACUCAGGUCCCUGAUUAAGCAUCUUCAGCCUCCAGUUCGAAUAGAUGACAGUUAUGAGAGGGUAAAAUCCCGUAUUGAUCGUUCUGAUGAGUACAUUUCUGUCCCUAACGAAGAACUUCGCCGCUCUGCAUUUGACAAAGUUAUUAAACGUCUAAAAGAAAAAGAAGAGGAUGUUGAAAAAGAUAGAAUGAGACGACGGGAAAGAUUAUCAGUAGACCGUUCCUACCGUGACCGAGAUAGGAGUGAUAGACUUCGACGAUCUAGGGGACGAAACGAUGGAACAAGCCGCAGCCCAGAGCCAGAUGCGUACGAAGCGGAUCGCCGGAAAGCUAUAGCUGACCGGGAAAAGAACUACAGAAGAGGUGGUGCAGCUGAUGGUUUAUUAUCUCCGGCACGCCGAAGCGAUCGGGAGCGAGAUCGAGAUCGUGAUAUAGACCUUGACAGACCUCAUCGUAGCCGUCGCGAGGGAAACGGCUAUUAUGUAUGGGAAAGAAGAGAACGAGAUUCCGAGCGGGAAAAACUCUAUCGGCGCAGAGGCGAUCCGAAGGGUAGCAUAGAUGAGUUACCAUACGGGGAUGAGAGACCCACUAUAAGCAAGCGCCGGAGGCCCGAAAGCGAUGGAGAAAGUGCUAGCAGUCUGAAAGCCACAAAGCGAAGAACUGAAUUAACUCCACGCGAGCGCUCCCCCGUACCUUCGCGAGAGAGGCAGCAACGAACACGAACGCCAACUGUGCACUCAAAGGAAGAGCCAGCUCUACACAGUGGCAGCGAAGAAGGAGAAAUCGAAGAAGAGUGA